AUGGUCAACCUCAGCGCCAAGUUUCACAUUUCGGCCUCCAACCACAGGGAGUUCCACAUCUACUACCUGGCAAAGCACUCAAAGAAAUGGACGCGUCGUAUGCAUCUCAUUGGCACCGCGGUCGGCGUUGUUGGAACGGCCGUGUCGGCGAUGCGCAUGAGCGCCAUUGGCGCCACGGUGAGCGCCGUUGCCGGUGUUGUGAUUUGCUGGGCGGGUGAUGCAAUUGUGGAGAAGACGCAGCCGACCACCUUCAAGAACCCCAUCUGGUCGGUCAUGUCGAACUUCAAGAUGGCCGCAUCGAUGCUGAAGGGCGACAUGAGCAUCUAG